AUGGAAGAGAGAUGCCCUGCCAAGAUAAUUAAAAGUGUAGAACCAGAAUAUCUUAGAAAUAUAAGAUUGUUACAAAAAGAAUACGGCCCAACAAUGGUUGGUAUAAAUGAGGAAAGUGAAGAAUCAGGAAUAGAUGAUGAAAUUACAAGUAUGUUGAAGACUCCAAUUACACCAAUAGUAACCCAGACAGGAAAGUAUACAUCAAGUGAAAGUAGCAGUGACGAUACGUCAGAAACGUCAGAAAGUUCAAAGUCGGGAGUAAGUGACAGUGGAAGUUUAAGGAUUAAGAAGAAGAAAAGAUCAUGGUCAAAAUUCAAACUCUAUGACUCAUCCGAGAGUGAAAGUGAAAGUGAAGGGGAUUAUCCCAGUAAUAUUAAGAAGAAGAAACAAAGUGUAAAAGAAAGUAGUGAUAGGAGGGUAGUGCAGAAAGGGACUGAAAAAGGAGCAAAAAGAAGCCAUGAAAUUGAGAGUAACGAGCAGAGAGAGAAAAUCAUAAAGAGGAAGAAAGAGAAUGUUAAUGACAAAACUGACAGAGAAAGUACAAAAUGCAAAGAUGAAGAACGUGUUAUUAAAACAAACAAGAAUGUGGCAGCACAAGGCAAAGAUAAAUAUGGAAACCGAAAGAGUGUCCACAGUAAUCAGAAUUCUAAAACAGAAAAGAGUGAAAGGUGUGAAAAGAGGAAAGAGAAUAAAAGUGACACUGAUAGAAAUGACAAGUCCAAAAGUGGAGAAAAAGUUCCCAAUAGUGCAAAAGUUAGUAAAGGCAAAGAGGUUGAAUACAAGGUCAGGGACUUAGAAAAAGCAGAAAAUAGUGAACCAAAGAGUUUAAAUACGGACAAAGAUAAGAUUAGGAAAAAGGAAGAUAGAGAUAACAAAAUCGAACAUAUAAAAAGCAAUGGAAGUUCAAAAUCAUCAAAGCUGACAUCAGAAAAGAACACUGGGAAUCAUCCGGAAAGUAGUAAGUCCGAUAAAGCACAGACAAAGGGUUGUACAGAGAAUAGUAAGGAGAAUGAUGAUAAUACUGAAAAGAAAAACUACACUAAUGAGAAUAAGAAAAGGCAGGAGGAUCAAGAGAAUAGGGAAGGAGAAAAUUCACAGAGGAAAGAUAAAAGUAAUAAGUGUAACGGGACAAACAGUGAAAGAAAAAUUACGAAAGUGCUGCCAGACAAACAAAAGGAAAGAAAUACCGAGAAUAAAAACGGAAGUGAAACGUACAGCAAAAGAUUCGAAGGAAGAAAAGAAAAGUCAAAACAAGUGCUGAGAUAUGUAAUACUGUAA